AUAAAGAAUGAAGCUGUCUGUUCGGAACAGAGGAAAACAAGGCUAGAAUACUAAGAGCAGGUGGGAAAGGCAUAAUAAAACUAACUGCUUACAGCAUGCUUUAACGUGCUAUAGUGUGUACAAGAGUUUUGUAUUAGAACAAAUGAUCAUCACACUGGAGUGUAGCAGUGUUUAUCUCAGUGUCACAAAGGAUAAUUGUUGUGCAGAUCUUUGGGCAAGAGUAAUUGAACAUUGCCUCAAAAAUUAAACAUAAGAUUUUUUUUUUUCAAAUUCUGUACUGAAAUUGUUGACCACCAACACAGCAUAUGAAGAUGGAAAGUUGGUCGGUUGAUCAAGUUUGCAACUGGUUGUUUCAGAAAAACUUAGGAGAACUCGUGCCUAAAUUUCAUGAGGAAGAAGUGACUGGAGCUGCUCUCUUGGCUCUUAAUGACAGGAUGGUCCAACAACUGGUAAAGAAAAUUGGACACCAGGCAGUGUUAAUGGAUCUGAUUAAAAAAUGCAAGCAACAGACUGAGGGAACUGCUCUGACUUGUGAAAUGCCCUCUUCAGAGUCGCCAGGAACAAUCAGUGGAACCCCUGGUGUUCAACAAAAUGUUGAACAGAUGAAUUCUUUCUCCGCUAUUGAAAGCCAUGAGGAUGGAUCAAUUGAUCAAAGAGUUCUUAAACAAAAGAAAAACAUGAGAUAUGUUUUAGCAAGAUACAAAGCAUUACAAUGGACAAAUUCAUAUAUUCUGCCAGAGUUUCCUUAUGAUGUCAAAUGCAUAUUAGCAGAAAGAAAAUGCCCCGAUCACAGUAUGAGAAUAAGGAUCAUUGAAUUCUUGCAAGCUGACAUGACAAAAUACCUUGAGGGAUCACUGUAUCCAACUACUCAGCAGUAUAAUGAUGUUGUCAGUGCACUGCUGCAGGCAUAUCCUUUUCUUGAUGAGGAUGGGAGCGGCUUUUUUCUAUGGAAACGAGCCCUUAAAGACCGUUUCAAGUAUGUGCGGAGACCAAUAGAAGAUGAUGAAGAGGUAGUGAGGAACAAAUGCAAGUUUGGACACAGAUGGGGACAGACCAGAAAAUCUUCAGAAAACAGGUGUGAGGAAGUCCACGCAGUGCACACAAAAACCAGCUCUUUCAAUCCUUGGAGGACCCAGCUCCCAAUUUCUGAAAUGGAGAUACCUGCUGCUGCCUGGGUUGUCCAUGUGUUGAGUUUGCAGAGGUUCUACUGAUCUGUGGAGACCAGGCAAGUUUCAGUUUCUACUACACAAGGAUAUUUAUAAGAAAACAAUUGAGAUUUGGGAGGCAUAUUCAGAGAACAUACUGACCCUCAUACUAGGUGAAGAAUAAUCCAAUUAAUUGUAUCCUACAAAGAAGUCUGAAACAGCACAUGGAAGACAAUGUUCUGAAAUGUUGUUAUAAGCAGCUAUGUCUGGUGUUUAAAGCACUUAACUGGAAAGAUACUUUGAAUCAUAGUACUUACACAUUUUACAAAACGUAUUGAAGAAAUGAAUGUUUAUUUUCAGGUAGCUGGGUAGAUGCCAAGUAGACUAUAAAUGGUGUAUUAGAGGAGGAAGGAUAAUUACUCUUUCUUGAGAUACUGAACUUUUCUUAUAAAGGAGACUAAUGUGUGAUAAAAACCCUAAUACGUUAGUCGCAACAGGAGGGAAAACAUCCAGAUAUAGACUAUUCUACUUUUGCUACCUAGCUGUCUCCUAGAGCUCUGCUCAUCGUGGCUGCAAUUCUGCUGCCUGUAAUUUUACUUUUGCCAGAUGUGAAGAUGACUGCCACGUUUACUUUUGCCAGAUGUUUUUGGAGAGGAUUCCUUCUUGUUUGCU